AUGGACUUCAUCAAAAAAAUCUUAUUACUCUAUAGCUGUCUAUCAAUUGCCAACGUAUUUAACAACAGCAUUGUACAAGCUUUGAAAGCCGAACAAAUUGUCGGAGGCAGGAUAGUGCCUCCUCAGAAAUACACGUUCAACGCUUUCGUCAAAGUUAGUCCACAUGGGAUCUGCAGUGGAGUGAUUAUUGGAAAGAAAACUGUCAUCACCGCAUCACAUUGUUUAUAUGACAGUUCUGGUAAACUUAGAUCUCGGCAAGUGACUGUUAUAGCUGGGACGACGGAUGUUACAGAUACGUCUGAAAAUAGAGUUGAUAUUGAUGUGGCUAAAAUUUACAUACUCAAGGACUUUAUUCACGAAAUAAAAUACUUGUACCAAUCAAAGGAUACGGAGUUUAAAGAUAUUGCUGUACUAAAGCUUACAAAAUCACUGGACAUUAAAAAUAAUCCGUACAUAAGUAAAAUUGAGUUGCCUGCAAAUGAUGUUAACUACGACGGAAAACGUGUCGUUGCAUUCGGUUUUGGAGUGAAAGGUAUGGAUUUUCAUAAUUCGGAGCCCAUGCCAUUAUUUGAUGGAAAGUUACGGUACAUCAGAGCCAUGGUUUCCAAAGGAUCACACUGUUUAAAGUUUUUUCUAAAGUUGACUAUUAAAAAUUCUGAGCAGUUCAUGUGUGCGGAAAUGGAACAAGAGUCACAUAUCAUUAAAGGAAGUACUUGCAAGGGCGACAGUGGUGGACCUUUGGUAUACAACGAAAAUACCCUUAUUGGAAUAAUUUCACUAGGACCCCCGUUCUGCAACGUAGCACAAACGAUGUUUAUAAAAAUUUCUAGCUUCAGGACGUUCAUUAACAAAGCUAAGCUUGAUAAGCCUGACAAAACUAUGCACUGUGAAUCUUUAUCGAAUGAAUCUCUUUGUUCAAUCAUGUAA